AAGCGCAAGCCGCAACACUGACGCUGAAACAGAGAGAAGCCCCCUUAGACAACUGCAGAAAAAGACCCAUUUCCCAGAAGUGGCGGAAAGGAUAACCGAGGAGAAUGAAGGCUCACUUUCCUUUCCUUUACUUGGCAUGAUCUCUUUCCUUAAAAGAAGAAGAAGAAGAAGAAGAAGCUGAAUGUAAACAGCUUUAUUUCCUUAACUCCCCGGCAGCAGCGUUGCUGUUGAGAAGGGAGCACUGAUCCAUUGGCAGAAGAUCUUGGUCUUCUUGACCUGUAGGGGUCACGUUGGUUAUAACGUCUGCAGGAAAGAAAAGCAUUUUGACAGCUGCAGCGGUUGAACAUCUGGAUCCCCCUUGCAGCAUGGUUGGACAGCUUCUCUUCUUCUUGCUGGCCGUGUCUGGUUCGCCAGCAAGGGUGCUGGAGCCCCGCCAAAGUGUUACCGCAGUGCUUGGCAAAGAUGUAGUUCUACCUUGCUCCUACCAGACCACAGCAGAUGAGGCAGUGGUUCAGGUGACGUGGCUGAAGCGUGGAGACGAUGGGCAGAGUGCGGAGCUUGCUGUUCUGAAUGUGGACCAUGGGGAGCACAUCCAGGAUGCCUACGCAGGACGCCUGUCUUGGCAGUCACAAGGGUCUUUGAAGAACGGCUCCAUUGUGUUGAGGAAUGCAGUGCAGGCCGACGAGGGGAACUACGAGUGCCACCUCAUCACCUUCCCACUGGGCAACUUUGAGUCCCACCUCACCCUCAAAGUCCUAGUGCCCCCGCUGCCAACUCUAAAUCCAGGCCCCCCAUUGGAGGAGGGACAGGGCCGUACUCUGGCUGCCUCGUGCACCGCAGAGGGGAACCCUGUGCCAAUCGUAACCUGGGAGACAGAUGUGGCUGGCAUCACCGAUUUUCGCCAGUCCUCGCAUCCCCGCUCGUCAUCAGUCACCACUGAGUACUACGUGGUCCCCGGGCGGAAGAUGCACGGCAAGCUCCUGACCUGCGUUGUCUCCCACCCAGGACUGCAGCACACGAAACGGAUCACACACAGACUCAAUGUGUCGUAUCUGUCAGAUGCUUCAGUCCUGGGUCAUGAGACAGAGGAGGACUGGGUGGCAGGAACUGAGGGGGCCUCCCUGAAAUGCCUUGUGGAUGGGAACCCUCCACCUACAUAUAACUGGACAAGGCAAGAGAAUGGUCUCCCGAGUGGAGUGAAAAUAAAAGGAGACACGCUGCUGUUCCAGAGACCGCUCAGCACAGAUGAUGGAGGGGUUUACAUCUGCCGUGUAGCCAACGGUUUUGCCACCAAGGAGGCUGCGGCGACCAUCAGCAUAAAAGAGAACCAGGCCAAGCAAGUGGACGUCAUCUCAGUCUCCAUGAUAGGAGCAGGCGCCAUUGCCUUUGUUCUCCUGGGCUUGCUCGUCCUGGUGGUCGUCUUCAUGACCUGCUACCACCGAAGGAAAACCAAACGGAUCACAGAGAAAUAUGAAGAGGAGCUGACUUUAACGCGGGAAAAUUCAAUACGGCGCCUCCAUUCAAGCCACAGCACUGACACGCGAAACCAGAUGGAAGAAAAUCUUCCCUUGAGGUCUGAGAGCCGGCAGGGCAGCUUUCGUGGGGAUAGCUUGUGUCGAGAAAGCCUGCGAGGGGACAGCUUAUGUCGGGAUAGUCGGCAAGGGAGCUUCCGGGCAGAAAGCAUGCGCGAAACCAGCCUGUGCUCAGUCAUGGGAGAGGAUGAGGGAGGACGCAGCUACUCUACUUUGUCAACAGUGCGGGAAAUUGAGACUCAGACUGAGAUGCCGCCGCCGCCACCCACCCCUAUCCAGGAGAACAGGAUGGAGAAGGAGAAGGAAAAGGAGGAGGAGGAAGAGCGGGACGGUGAAAAUAACAUCAAACAGGCCAUGACUCACUUUGUCCAAGAGAAUGGCACCCUCAGAGCUAAACCCACCACCAAUGGCAUCUACAUCAAUGGCCGAGGACACUUGGUGUGACAUUUGUCCUGGCUAAGGAAUUCCGGGAACCGGCAAAGCACUGAACCCUCUUUUCCCAAUUGCCUGCUGGUGUCUCCCCUUGGUAAGGGAGCAAGCAGUCCUUAAGACUGAGGAAAAUCUCCUUCUGAGCCACUCACAAGCCUGCCUGCAACACCAAGACGCUGGGAUUUCUUUGUAGGCCUUAAUGUCCUUUCUCCUUCCCCUUGCCCCAAUCUCUCUCCAAAGCCUUUGCUGCAUUUGGCAGAUCCUCUCCUAUCCUGCGGUGGGAGCAGGAGGACAGAGACAGCCAGUCUCGCAGCAGUGCUGAUGGCUGUCAGAAACCCCCGGGGGAAACUUCUUCACUGACUCCUGCUGGACUCUUACAAUGCCUGGAUGCUGUCCGAAAAGAAAUCCGAACAUUCGAGACAAGCGGUUCUAAGCAAGCUGCCAGGCAGGGGUGCCCCACUUGGUUAUGUUGCAAGGUAGUUUUUCUGGGCUCAGGGAUGGGAACCGUGAAACGUUGGUGUCUUUUUUAACAUUACUAUGAUUAUUAUUUUAUUAUUAGGAAAAUUCCAUAGCUCUCAAUGGUUGUGGACAACAACUAGAAAUCCAGAAGGUGGUUAUAAAAAAAAACUUUAAAGGAAAAGUCUGAUACAUGAGAGAGAGAGACCUGAUUUAAAGUGUUUUUAAGAGCACAGAAAUUAUGAGCAUAAGUCAACUCUCAAGACCGCCCUCUCAGCUAUGAAUCAACUGCUCUUUGAAGGAGAGUCUUCAAUACAGCUUGAUUUUGUGGUGUGGGAAGCCACUGUGGGUAGGAUCCCUGGCUCCCAUAAGUCAGUAUCCUUUCCCAUCCUUAUUCUUAUGUAGAUGACCCUGUGAUGGUGUGUUUCCUCUGCCUGAUGGAAAAACAAGCAUGCCUUAUGGGUUUGAGUGCUAAAGUUUUACAAGCUGUAGCUCCCAUCUUGUAAAUAAAAGUCCAAAUUGGCCCAUGUUGGAGAAGUCAUGCAGCCCUGCUUUUGUGACAGAGAGGGAAGAUUGGUGCCAUCAUGUCAAAUUGGCCAACUAAAGUUCAGAUGUACUGGCAGGGUUUUUGGGGGGGGGGCAUGUAGAUUAAAGAAGGGAAUAGGAAGAGAGUAUGCUGAUACUGGGCAGGGUUUUGGGGUUUUUUGCAUGAAUCUCCAGAGACAAAGGAAAACAACAGAAAUGAAUCCCUGCAUGUAACGCUGAAGGCAAAGGGGAAUUGCUGCAUCUCAGUCCUUUAUAUGAUACAUACAGAACGUUUGAGUUUUUUAUGCUAUGUAUCAUUCCUCUCUCUGUCUCAAGCAGGAUGAUUUUAGAACCAGUUUACAAACCCAGGUAAUCACUUGACUGCGACACACUCGUUAGACUGUAGCUGAAUAUAUGAAAGGACUCCUUUUGAAAAGUUUUUGUGGUGUUUAUGCGGACGUGGGGUGAAGCACAAUGUUGCGGUGGUGCUUGAUCUAUGAUGGUUUAUCUGCUGAUGCAAAGAUCCAUAGGAGCUGCUGCAGUGGGAGCUGCUCGUAUAGGCACCUGCCCCAAAGGAAAGGGUUUGGAGAGACUAUGGCUGCGGGAGAAUAUGUAUUUUGCACAGAGAAGUCAUCGGAUUCUCCAGUUUGAGGUAUCUCCAAAUAAAGGAUAUCAUAGCUGAGAAAGGAUCUUCCAGUCAGACUAGGUACUGAGUUAAGUGGACCAAAGGUACGAGGCAGUUUCAUAGGGUUACUGGGAAGGGGCCAUGGCUCAUGGGUAGCGCAUCUACUUCAAUUGCACAAGCCUCAGUUCCUGGUAUCUGCAGUUAAAGAAGCUCAGGUCCCUGGUGCUUAGGAAAUAUCUUCCACUGCCUGGUGAGCUGGAGAACUGCUCUCAGUCAGAGUGGACGACACUGGGCUAGAUGAACCAACAGUCCAACUUGUUAUGUAGCAGCUUCAUAUGUGUGUGGGACGCUUGAUUUUAAAGGGACGGUAUUGCACACAGGUGCGCACCUGUGGCCUGAUUAUUCAUCUUUCUUCAUUGACUCCAGCUGAAUGUGUGAAGUGCCACCAUUGAAAAUGCCAGGUGCGUGGCAGGGAUAUGAAGUUUGAUCUGUGCAGUUUGGUACUUGAGUUGAUUAAGUCCUUUCGCUGGCAGCUGAUGUUGUGCAAUGGCUAAGACGAGUCAGAAAAUCAGUAGUUUGGAUCUCACCUCUAUAGUGGACUAUCUAGGUGGUCUGAGGCAAGCUUCUCUCUCAGAAAACCUCAACAACAGUAUGGGGAUAAUAAUACUGGCCUACCUUACAGGUGCUGUUGUAAGGAUUACAAGACAAUGUAUGAGGAGUGAUGAAAUGUACGUGUGGACUGUCCAUUAGUCCUUCUCAGUCAAGCUGACCCCCUCCUCAAAUUUCACAGUCCAUUGCAACCAGUCCCGCACAAGAAAUAUUCCACCUCUUAGUUCAAAUGGCUUUUUUACAAAAAUGGUGAGACUUUGAGAGUUGAAAUAGGAUCAAGGCUUAGUACUUGAUAAAGUCUCUCCCCCCCCCCCCAAAAAACUAGGAGACACUGGUUGGUGGUUUCAAGCACAACCUAGGCACUUAGUGAUCAGACCAUGUGGGUGUGUUUAAAAAAAGCCAGCCAUUUCUGCUGGUUCUUAACAAACAGCAUUUCCAGGUGACUUGGGCAAGAGAUCCAUCAAAAGUUUGUAGCAGCUGAUCCUUGCACACUUAAAGGCUCUUUCCAAACGGUUUCCUCAAGUCUUGAGUCAAUUCCCAUGAUGCCCUAGGACUUGUGCUAACAUGAGGUGAUUUUUCCCCCUCAAGAUGGCUGCCAGUUGCAUCACUGGAAGUAUCUGUCUUCUGCUCAUGCUGUCCAAGGAUAGACUUGUUUUGGACAACAUGAGAGCCAAAACUCUCUACGCAAUCCACCUCUGUGGCAUUCCUAUUUAGGCUGUUCUCACACUCCCUCUGGGCCUGCAAGUGUUAGCUAUAUGUAUGUAUUUUUUAAAAAUUUGUUAACAUUUGUCACUAUGCUAUGUUUUAUUUGUGUAUUAUUUGCAGCUAUUCUUGGUAUCCUGAAGGGCAGCUCUUACUUGAAAAGUCAAUGAAAACUGGUGGGGUUUGCCGGGUCUCCUCAUAUGUAGCCUGGUGGGAUAGGGGUGGAGCCUAGCGGGGCGGAGGGUGGCACCUGGCCAAUUACAGGAAGAACCUCACUGUGCCUGGUAGUGCCUGAGGAGGAGGGAUAAACAUAGGGGCUGAGUGAACAGCAAUAGACAUUAUGUCGAGCAGACAAUAUUCUGGGUGCACACUUGGAGAUUUCACUCCUUCCUCUGAGA